GAGAGUCCCUCAGUCCGUGGAAAGCGGACUGGGAGCGUGAUGGCUGCGACGCGCGCAGGAUCCCGCACCUGCGAGAUCUUCACCACGCUGGAAUACGGACCGGUGCCGGAGAGCCACGCAUGCGCAUUGGCCUGGCUGGACACCCAGGACCGGCACUUGGGUCACUAUGUUAACGGACAGUGGUUAAAGCCUGAACACAGGAGUUCAGUGCCUUGCCAGGAUCCCAUCACGGGAGAGAACUUGGCCAGUUGCCUCCAGGCACAGAAGGAGGAUGUGGCGGGAGCCGUGGAGGCUGCCAGGACCUCGCUGGAGAACUGGAGCACACAACCUGGAGCCUUUCGGGCCCAGCAUCUGACCAGGCUGGCCAAGAUGAUCCAGAAGCACCAGCGGCUGCUGUGGACCCUGGAGUCCCUGGUUACUGGACGGGCCAUUCGAGAAGUUCGAGACAGGGAUGUCCCUCUGGCCCAGCAGCUGCUCCAGCACCAUGCAGUCCAGGCACACACCCAGGAGGAGGCGCUGGCAGGCUGGGAGGCCCUGGGAGUGAUUGGUCUCAUCUUGCCACCCACGUUCUGCUUCCUUGAGAUGAUGUGGAGGAUUUGCCCUGCCCUGGCUGUGGGCUGCACUGUGGUGGUCCUCGUGCCCCCAGCCUCUCCGACGCCCCUCCUUGUGGCCCAGCUGGCGGGGGAGCUAGGCCAGUUCCCAGGGAUCCUCAAUGUGGUCAGCGGCCCUGCCUCCCUGGGGCCUGUCCUGGCCUCACAGCCUGGAGUCCAGAAGGUGGCCUUCUGUGGAGCCAUCGAGGAUGGCCGUGCCCUACGGCGGGCCCUGGCGGGCCAGGGUCCCGAGCUGGGCCUGGCACUGGGGGCUGAGUCGCUGCUGCUACUGAUGGAGACGGCGGAUGUGGACUCGGCCGUGGAGGGCAUCGUGGAUGCAGCCUGGUCUGACCGCAGCCCGGGGGGACUCAGACUCCUCAUCCAGGAGUCCGUGUGGGAUGAGACAAUGAGGCGGCUUCAGGUGCGGAUGGGGCGGCUUCGCAGUGGCCGAGGGCUAGACGGAGCCGUGGACAUGGGGGCCCGGGGGGCUGCUGCACAUGACCUGGCCCAGCGCUAUGUGCGUGAGGCCCAGAGCCAGGGUGCACAGGUCUUCCAGGCUGGCAGUGUGCCUCCAGACAGCCCAUUCUUUCCCCCAUCCUUGGUCUCUGACCUCCCUCCAGCCUCUCCAUGUACCCAGGCAGAGGUGCCGUGGCCUCUGGUCGUGGCCUCCCCUUUCCGCACUGCUAAGGAGGCGCUGGCCAUGGCCAACUGGACGCCCCGAGGAGGCAGUGCAAGCGUAUGGAGCGAGAGACUGGGGCAGGCCCUGGAGCUGGCCUACGGGCUCCAGAUGGGCACGGUCUGGAUCAAUGCCCACGGCCUCAGAGACCCUGCAGUGCCAACAGGUGGCUGCAAGGAGAGUGGGUCUUCCUGGCACGGGGGGCCAGAUGGUCUGUACGAGUAUCUGCGGCCCUCAGGAACCCCUACCCGGCUGCCCUACCUGUCGGAGAGUCUGAACUAUGACACCUUUGGCCUUGCUUUUCCCUCCACCCCAGCUGGGCCUGAAACAGGGCUUAGCCCAGCACCCCGCUAUGGGCUCUUUGUGGGAGGCCGUUUCCAGGCUCUUGGGGCCCGGAGCUCCAGGCCCAUCCGGGAUUCGCAGGGCAGUCUCCAUGGCUACGUGGCUGAGGGUGGAACCAGGGAUAUCCAAGGCGCCGUGGAGGCUGCUCACCAGGCUGCCCCUGGCUGGGUGGGCCAGUCGCCAGGGGCCCGAGCAGCCCUCCUGUGGGCCCUGGCAGCUGCACUGCAACGCCGAGAGUCCACCCUGGUCUCAAGGCUGGAGAGGCACGGAGUGGAGCUCAAGGUCGCCAAGGCGGAGGUGGAGCUGAGCGUGAGGCGGCUUCGGGCGUGGGGGGCCCGUGUCCAGGCCCAAGGCUGCACCCUGCAGGUAGCAGAGCUGAAAGGCCCCGUGCUUCGGCUGCAGGAGCCUCUGGGCGUGCUGGCUAUUGUGUGCCCGGAAGAGUGGCCCCUGCUGGCCUGCGUGUCUCUGCUGGCCCCUGCUCUGGCCCACGGCAACACUGUGGUCUUGGUGCCCAGCGGGGCCUGUCCCAUCCCUGCCUUGGAGGUCUGCCAGGAUAUGGCCACCUUGUUGCCAGGGGGCCUGGUGAAUGUGGUGACAGGAGACCGGGACCACCUGACCCGCUGCCUGGCCUUGCACCAGGACAUCCAGGCCCUGUGGUAUUUCGGAUCUGCCCAGGGCUCCCAGUUUGUGGAAUGGGCCUCAGCAGGAAACCUCAAGCCGGUGUGGGUGAACAGAGGCUGCCCGCGGGCCUGGGAUCAGGACGCCGAGGGGGCAGGCCCAGAGCUGGGGCUGCGGGCAGCACGGACCAAGGCCCUGUGGCUGCCCAUGGGGGACUGAUUGCCCAAGUGGCAGCCACUCCAUCUUGUACAGAGGACAGAUGGACCCCAACCGAUGCCAGACAUCUGGAACUUUCCUCUUAUUAUGGUUCCAAUAAACUCUGACCAAUCUUG